AUGAGCCCCCUUUGGUGGGGGCUUCUGUUCGGUUGCCUGGGCUGUGGAAUCCUGCCGGCAACCUGGGCUCAGUUCCCCCGGGUCUGCAUGACGGUGGGCAGCCUGGCGUCCAAGGAGUGCUGCCCGCCCCUGGGCACGGAGCUGGCCAACACCUGUGGUUCACAGGAGGGCCGGGGCCAGUGCACAGAGGUUCAAGCAGACACCAGGCCCUGGAGUGGCCGCUACGUCCUGUGGAACCAGGAUGACCGCGAGCAGUGGCCCAGGAAGUUCUUCAACCGGACCUGCAGGUGCACAGGAAACUUUGCUGGUUAUAACUGUGGAGACUGCAGGUUUGGCUGGACCGGCUCCAACUGCGAUCAGAAGAAACCACCAGUUGUUCGGAAAAAUAUUCAUUCCUUGACUCCUCAGGAGAGGGAGCAGUUCUUGGGCGCCUUGGCCCUGGCUAAGAAUACCACGCACCCCGACUACGUGAUCACCACGCAGCACUGGCUGGGCCUGCUCGGGCCCAACGGAACCCAGCCACAAAUUGCCAACUGCAGCAUUUAUGACUACUUUGUGUGGCUCCAUUACUAUUCUGUUAGAGAUACAUUAUUAGGACCAGGGCGCCCGUACAAGGCCGCAGAUUUCUCACACCGAGGACCUGCCUUUGUGACCUGGCACCGGUACCAUUUGUUGUUGCUGGAAAGAGAUCUCCAGCGACUGACUGGCAAUGAGUCCCUUGCUUUGCCCUACUGGAACUUCGCCACUGGGAGAAAUGAGUGUGACGUGUGUACAGAUCAGCUCUUCGGGGCAGCCAGACAAGAUGAUCCAACUCUGAUCAGUCAGAACUCAAGAUUCUCCAGCUGGGAAAUUGUCUGUGAUAGCUUGGAUGACUACAACCGCCGGGUCACCCUGUGUAAUGGAACUUACGAAGGUUUGUUGAGAAGAAAUCAAGUGGGAAGAAACAAUGAGAAACUGCCAACCUUAGAAGACAUACAAGAUUGUCUGUCCCUCAAUAAGUUUGACAAUCCUCCUUUCUUCCAGAAUUCUAGCUUCAGCUUCAGACUUUCUUUUCAUGACGUCCUUCAUUCCUUUACUGAUGCCCUUUUUGAUGAGUGGAUGAAAAGGUUUAAGCCUUCUGCUGAUGCCUGGCCUCAGGAGCUGGCGCCCAUUGGCCACAAUCGGAUGUAUAACAUGGUGCCUUUCUUCCCUCCGGUAACUAAUGCGGAACUCUUUCUAACUGCAGACCAGCUUGGCUACAGCUAUGCCAUUGACCUGACAGUCAAAGAAACUUGGGGUUGGACCACGAUCCUCUUGAUGGUUAUAGGUGUGCUGAUGCUGUUGGCUGGGCUUUUUGUGCUGCUGGCCUUUCUUCAAUAUAGAAGACUUCGAAAAGGGUAUACACCCCUAAUGGAGACACACUUAAGCAACAAGAGAUACGUGGAAGAAGCCUAGGGUGCUCACGGCUUACGCUGGAGAAGGGAUGACUGGGCUAUAGAUCUGACCCCGAUAACGAGCAAACCAGUCCUCACGGUUCUUCCUUUACCUGAAGCUCUCUGGCAUACAUCCUCCUAUUGUGGUGUGAUCCCAAGUAUAAAAGAUGCUUAGCUAUAUUUUCUGGUUUGUUUACCAAACUCAAGCUACAGUGUUUGGGGCUAUUUCUAUCAUCAAAUAAAAGUAGAGCUCACAAUUUGUGGUACCUGAUAGUAAUUCUCCAUAUUGAUUAAGCCUCUCUGUAUUCUUAGAGCACCAAGAAAUUGAUAGAGUGAAUUCAGUUAAAUUUGCAGGUCACAGUAAUUUGAGACCUAGGCAAGAUCAUGGUUCAAUCUCUCCUAGCCUAAAUGUUUUUUUAUUUGUAAA